AUGUCCGAUGCCCAAUCCGAUGGUCGUUCUUCGUCACCCUUGGCUUAUGUGACCUCCUCGACCCCUUCGUCCAUUCAGCAAGCCACCUCGCCAUGUGAGGCUGCGCAUCCAUCUUUGAUCUCCACUGCGUUUGCUACUAUGCUUCCUUCAAGGACUUCUCCUGACUCAAUGACGAACUGCAUUGUAGGUAAGUCUGGCAACCCGAGCUGCUGCGGCUCGCAGCGCCCAGCCUCUGCCAAUUGCACCCUAGAUGGACCUCAGGACACCCCGCGCUCUAACAGAGCCGUGGAGCAACCCAAGAUUUCCUUUGAGGAUUUGGCCAGUCAAUACCGUCAGAACCAGCACAAACAAGCCGGCCGAAAACGACUAGAAGCUCGCCUACAUGCCACCAAAGUCUUUAUGGGCGUUUCCGCCCGCUUGAUCCGUGUGGGAGCUGCUGCCCAAAGAGCCCUGGUGGACCGGCUCCGCCACGACGACAAGCCAAAUUUCAUUACUCUUUACCACACUCUCGUUGAUCUUCAAGAGUCGUGCGAUGCGACCUUUUGGCGCCAGUCCCAGCGGCAGGAUCCACUGGAAGAGCUGUCGCCUAUCCGGGAGUCGGUUGUCGACCGUCCUCCGGACUUUUUCCUGCAGCUUAGCCCCCAAUCCCGAACUGAUUUGCUUGACAUUUUACAUCUGGUCCGCACAGAUCCACAAUUCGUGUUUGAAAGACUGCGUGCUUUGACUCCUACCCAACGAGCGGCCUUUGUUUCCUCCACUGGUGCCCCUUGGGAAUCUGGCAGUGAUCUCUCGUCCUCGGCAGCAUCUCGGUCCCGGUCCCAUGGGAUAAAGCGCAGCUUGGCCGCUUCUCUAUCGUACAAGGACCGCAUCCUGGCACUUGAACGCAAAGAUCCUCUAUCGAUAUUGCUCUUUGAUAUUUUUGCAUCCCCGCUGGAUUCCGAUGGUGCGGAAGCACGGUUACGUCUCAAUGUCUGGUCCUCUGUCUGUGCCAAACUUCUAACCCAGGAUGGCAAUGGACACGGAGCUCUCAUCCCCCAUAUUCUGACUGCCUGGGCCACAGCAAGUGAGUGGAAAGCGAAGCCGAAGUUUGAACUCUAUCUCAUGGAUAUGUUGCAAUCGGGCGCAUUCCUCCUGGAGCAUGUGGAGACACCACCAGGCUUAAAGGUGGAUAUGGAGCCUCUCGAUCCCUUACGGACAGAUGUGGCCGAGGAGUUCUUUACUGCCGCCGUAGAUGCGCUGUUCCAACUUCUGGAUGACCCAGAUGGAGGGUUUCCCGAGGCUGUGAUGCAACUUAGCUGCGCUAUCUUACGGAAACUAGAUCGUCCGGAUGAUCGUAACCGGUUUUUUGAGUUGCUAUUCGUUCAAUGGUUCUUCGCCAAAUACUUGUACGGCGCACUUACUUUCCCCGAGGCCCAUGGUCUUCUGCUUGAUUUUCACGUCCGUGAUGAUGCCCGUGAGAAACUUCUCGGGCAGGUGGGUCUUCGUGCGUAUUCGCAAGUCUACGCCAUACUACGUUCAAUGCACCACUAUUCGGUUCGCCUUACUGUGAGGCGUAGGGUAGAAAGCAUGCUAAGUCGAUUCCAGACUGGAUGCGCUAGCCACGAUCUGAGCCUGAAAGUACCGUCUCGCGAACACUCGAGUCGCCAGCAAUCACCUGCUGGAACUAUAUUGCUUUCUGCUGCUGACGUUCUUACAUUACUGAACACACUCUAUUCUAGGUCAUCUACCCCAACGUGCACUUCUCCAAAGUUAUCUUCAGGAGCCUCUGCCGCUCCAAGUGUUCUCUCUAAUCAUCCCGAACGACCAAUGACUGCCGUAGCGGAGCCUGGAUUCUUCAAACCCGUCCAUGGAUCCUUUCCCAGGCAUGCGAGCCAAUGCCAGAAUCUUUUUGCAUCUGCAGUGAACUUCUCUCACGCUGAACAGAGCAUUAGCCGCAAUGCCGACAGAAUCCGGUUCGAGCUCUCUGAAAUGUGCGGCCUUGAUGGUCGGGCUGUCCUCGAACCUCCGGCUGCCGAAGAAUGGGCCGUCUUCUCGGUCUCCGAGUACGGUAAAUUAGUCUGGGGAUUGUUCACCGACGACUGCCGGCCUCCAUUCCUGGAAAGUAUCUUUGUUGAGGAUACCCAGUCUGCCGCUUUAGAAUUGGAGAACAACUUCGAAGCUCUUCAGACGGCCAUCGUGAAGUUAAUCCUGGAGAACCCCGCCGACGACGGUGGUGGUUGUGACCUUCGACAAUUUGAGAACCUUCCCAUGGUCGAUAGUGCAACGCUCAAGCAGCGCUUCGACAAGGCCAUGAACCGCUGCCAUCACGAAUCAGACUUCAUUGGGGCUCAUUAUUGGUGGAAUGCCGGCCGUCAGCUUCUUCGCAGUACUGCGAAUUCCCCUGAUAGGCUUGCAGACGAUACAUGGAUCCUGGAGCCAAUGCAUAAAUCCUGUAUCCAUUCCCUCCGGAUUUCACGAGCAGUAAUUGAACGAUGUGAAUCAGAACUCGUGGCGCUCCAUAGACAGACUCAGCGACUGCAGAAAAUGGGGAGAAAUAUGAUGGCCACCGUUGCUAAACUCCGCGACAAGAUGUGGUAUAUGACAGACGUGAAGAACUCGAUGAGGUAUGAAGAUGCUAAGAACGUUGCCUUGGCGCUGAAGACGAUGAUCUAUUCUGCUCGCAUGCAGAGGCAGACGCCCAAUGAAGUUCGAUCCCGUGGCAAUGCGAGAGCACCGGGGGGCUCAUUCCUUCAGAAGCCGGAGCUUCAAGUCAUGAAUAUCAUGAAAGCGCCCAGCAGCCAAGGCGGCCCAAACAAGCUCUCAGAUGAGCAGGUGGACCUGAUUUCCAAGUGGCUAUCCCAUAACAACAUAGACAAUUUCUGCAAAGGUGAAGAGCGCAUCCACAGGUUUUGUUAUGAGGUCCAAGCCAGUAUCAAUCGCCUCGUUGGAGAGAGCAUGGCAGAGACCCCAGUUCUAUGGGCCAGCGAGCUAUACCAUAGGGAGCGAGUCAAGUACGAAGGCUCGUCCUAUCGAAAUUUCCUGGGCCUCUCUUCAAUUCGAUCAUUUGUCGGUCCUGGCGAGGAUUCCGCGCACCUCCCUCAGGGUUAUGGCAACCAGUCACGUCCAGCCGACUCCGGCUCGCGGUAUUCGUCGGGUGCGUCGUCCCUCGAUCAUAAAGCUUCCUAUCAGAGUCUGCUGUCCGACAAGUGGAAGGGGCUCCGAGAUCCCUCGGUCGCAGACACGUCCUCCAUCGGGGGCUCCCCAGGAAGGGCGGCAUCAACUGCUACGGGAGACUCAUACAGCACCUUCUGGUCAACAUCACACCAACCAGCACAGUACGCACCUAGCUCUUCGAGUAUCUAUUCUAGACCACCGUCAACGUUCAGUGAUAAUAGUGCACCACCUGCAUGUCGAAACGACCGCAAGACGCAAGACAAAGCAGCCUUCAUAGAUGAUCUCAAGCAGACGCUCACGAGCUUGCUCCUCAGCGACCUCGGCUCUCCUGUGUGGAGUUGUGGCAGUGAGACCGAUGCUUGGUUUGGGAACGCACUAAAUCAGCAACGCAUACAGACGCAAAUGAAGAAGCGCGCUCGCCUUCAACGAUUCUACACCGAAUGUGAUGAGCAUCUCGUCCGUAACAUGUUGCACCGUGUACCUUCAGACCGUGCGCGGAGCAAGUCCCUUGGGCCGGCAGAUCGCACUCCGCUUGGUGAGCGCGUAGCCUCGGCCUCGGGUCCUUCUUACGGAACUCGAAAUGGUCUCGGACAAGACACAUCGCAAUUCUCCUAUAGCGCCAUUUUUCAUCGCCUCAUCGAGGUCUUCUCGCGUCAUGGAAACCCUUUUGUCAAGCUCAAGGCGCUGCGCGAUCUCCGAGCAUUGGUUGUCGCCUUACUCAACACAACGAAUGAGGAGCUGGUUCCGUUUUCUCCAGCCCAAGACCCUAUGUGCCAGCGAGGACGCAGCUCCGGUGUACACGGAAAGAGAAAUGCUCGACACAGCUUCUCAGAGUCCCAAGCAAAGCGCGUACACGAGAAAGACGCUUCACACGCGCCUACAUCCGCCGUCGCUGAGUCUGUCAUCUUCGACUGCCGCCCUUCAGACUACAGCGGCCCCACUGAGCAUCAAAUUGUAGAUGCACUGCGGGGCUUACUCCUUGAGGUGAAGCCCAAGACUCUUUUUCGAGAUUUACAGUUUAUCUCGGCCUUUGUUCCAAGCGAGACGCUGAAUCAAACUGACUCUGGAACCUCGUUCUUGCAGUUUGGCCUAGCAGCGCUCAGCCUCAAGGAUGAAGUGUGUAACAGUAUGGUUGAGAUAGCCGAUAGUAUUGUAUCCCAGGAGCUCAGUCGGCGUCAUCCUACUGGAUACGAAUCCCAUCCUGGGGCAGGACAUGCCAUCGAAGAUGCUGCUGGUAUGUGGAUUAUCACAGCCAAGGAGGGCAAUCCAGUUGCCCAACGGGAGUUGGCGAUUCUCUACCUCACCCAUCCCGAGCUCCUGCCGCGGGUUACACUCCCGCUCACUCUGCUGCGGGAUACAUUCAAGGCGGAGAUGAUGUACCGCCGUGACAAGGACUCGAAAUCUGACCCUCAGAGCAUGUGCCUGGCCCUGCACUGGAUGCAGCUGUCGGCCACUGGCGGAGAUGAGCUUGCACGCAAUUGGCUUCGUGAGCGCGAGGAGUUCGAAUUGAUUGUAUAG